AACAAACAAACGAUGUUCUUCUUCUCUCAUUUGGUGUUCGAAAAAUAAAAAUAUUGUAUAUAAGUUGAGACCUCGAGAAAGAAGAAUUUGUUCGAUUUCCACGGUGAAUUGUUCGAUGCAUUUUGACCGAGGAUUCCGUUAAUGUCGUUGAUUGUUGUUGUUGGGUUGUUUAAUUUAUAAGUGAAGAUUCUUGGUUGAGAUCAAUCUGGUUGAAAUCAUGAGUAACGGCUUGAUCUCUGUUUAUCCAGAGGAACUGGCAUUUGAUUUUGAGCUGGAAAAACAAACGUAUUGUGAUCUUAAAGUGGCAAACAAUACUGAACACCAUGUUGCCUUCAAGGUCAAAACCACAUCACCCAAGAAAUAUUUCGUACGACCCAAUACCGGUGUUAUACAACCUUGGGAUUCAUGUGUCAUAACAGUCACUCUUCAAGCUCAAAGAGAAUACCCUCCAGAUAUGCAAUGUAAAGAUAAAUUUCUCCUGCAAAGCACUAAAGUACCUCCAAAUACUGAUGUUGAUGAGAUACCACAAGAUACUUUCAGCAAAGACGGUGAAAAGACAAUAGAGGAGUGCAAGCUGAAGGUUGUUUAUAACACUCCCUCAGGUCAUGGUAACGCAGACGAAGAACGACUUUCCUCGAGGAGCUUUAAACGAAUGGACAGCAGCUCUAUGCAAGCAGUGCAAGUUCUCAAGGAGGAAAGGGAUGCAGCUAUUCACCAAACUCAGCAGUUGCAGCAGGAGCUGGAACUUCUGAGGAGACGAAGAAAUCGGAAAAGUGAUCCAGGUUUCACAUUAAUGUUUGCUGCUUUUGUGGCACUCAUCGGUAUCAUGGUUGGGUUCAUCUUAAACCUGGCAUUUUCUGCACCAUCUUAAACCUAGCAUUCUGUCUGUACCAUCAUCUACUGAAUAACUUACAAAACAUUUUUCACAGUUCACACCCUUUGAAGAUAUAUAAUCUUUGUUGUCUAUUAUUUCUGGUUUUUCUUUUCCGUUCUUUUUUGUAAUAUGGGAUAUAAUCUUGUUGUCCAUCCCUCUCAGUGUAAUAUUUGGUACUCUUUUUGAAUGGAAAUCUGUUCACUACUCCA